AUGAAGCCUCGAGCCCACGACAAGCGCGCUGCGGCUCCGCCUGCGGAGCUGCGGCCCCACCCUCAAGUCUUAGAGACAAAAAUGUAUGAUAACAGGCGGCAGCUGCAGGAGACGCAAACUGCUGCUGCUGCUCUUCAGUCUAAGUUAGAAGAAAUACGCGGAGACCCUGACACCGUCAGAGACACUGUACAGCGUGUUGAUUUGAUGUAUGCACAAAUCGAUACCCUCGUUCAAGCAUUCGCAGGUGUGUGCAGUUUCGUAGCUACACAGGAAGCAGACAAGGCGACGGUGCUGCACUGCGUGUUGGAGUAUCUGUACCCAUGUAGAGCCCUUGAUCCGCGUCUCGGCUCUCUAUAUGGUGCGCUGUACUACUAUCGACUGGGGGAGCGCCGAGCGCUGCCCCAGCAGCCGCCGCCUCCUCCUGAGCCGCACUUUAUGCCAGUGUAUGAAGUAUCAGGGCCUUGGCUUCAGCCUACUCCGUUUGCUGCUGCACCUGCUGCUGUUACGCAUGCUACGAAGUUUGAUGCUGCACUUGCUGCUUCUCUCGAAGCUGCCAAGACAGCUCAAACCCCACAAGCAGACACGCAGCAGCAGCAGCAGGGGAAAACUGCUACUACGCUGCUGCAAAAAAGACAGGGACAGGCCGUCGCUACAAAAGCCGGCCCAGGCGCAUCGUCAGCAGCAGCAGGAGGUGGAGCAGCAGCAGGAGGGGGAGCAGCAGCAGCAGCAGCACCUCGAGCUAAGGCUUCGCUGCCGCAGCAAGCAGCAGAUGCAUCUGCUGAUACAGAGCUGCGGGGCUUUUUUGUUUUGCUGGAGGAACUCCGCGCAUUCAAACGCCCGGCACUCUCUAAGGGUCCUGGGGUCAAACUCGUCGUUCGCUUUGAUAAUGAGAGUGCCGUAGAAGCAAAAAAGAAGUCAGAAAGAUGUAUUGUUAUUGACAAGUGCGAGGGGAAGACUGGGGAAGAAAGUGCUUCUGUUUAUUUUUUGUCUGAAUUAACGCCUUUACCCCCCAAAAAGGCAGGGCCGACGGGGCUUGGGACGGCCAGCAAAAUGAUGACAGACUCAGAAACCCUGAAAAAGGGGGCCCCAUGGCAAAUCAAAGACGCCAGAGGAACUGUCUUAGGUUCAAUAGUUGUCUCCAUUGCGCCUUUGCCUGUCAACGCGCUGCUGCCAGCUCAAGCUAAAAGCAGCGGAGCGAAAGUUGUGGGGGACGGUGGUAAGAAGAAAGAAGAGGCUUCCAAGACAGCAGCAACUGCAUCUGCGGGCCUGUCUAAGCCCAGCAGCGGCCCCAGCUCUAAGCCCGAGCUGCCUAAGCCCUCAGGAGCUGUCUCUAAGCCUGAGCUGCCUAAGCCCGCAGGAGCUGUCUCUAAACCCGAGCUGCCUAAGCCCUCAGUAGCUGUCUCUAAGCCUGAGCUGCCCAAGCCCUCAUUACCUGUAUCUAAACCUGAGCUUCCUAAGCCCUCACUACCUGUCUCUAAGCCUGGGCUGCCUGCAACUGCAAAGCCAGAGCUCCCUAAGCCUGCGGGAGCAGCAAAGGCUGGGGCACCUGCUGCUGCUCCUGCAGCUGCAGCAGCAGCAGCAAAACCCGAUCUCCCUAAACCUCCUCUAGGCGCCAAGCCAGGGGACCUGCCCAAGCCAGCAGCAGCAGCAACAGCAGCAGCACCAGCAAAGAAACCUGAGCUCCCUAAGCCGGGAGGCCCCCCAAGUAAAGGAGAUCUGCCGAAGGUGGGGGCAGGGGCCUCACCUCCGGGGGCCCCUAAGCCGGGGGUGGGGGCCCCCUUAGGGAAGCCUGGGCUUCCUCCUAAGCCCGGGGGUGGGCCCCCUGAGGGAAGCAGCAAGCCGGGGCUACCGGCAGCCAAACCCGCUACUCCUGCUGCUGCUGCUGCUGGGCCAGGUGAGAAGGCCCCCCUCUCUAAGCCAGGCCUCCCAGCAAAGGGGGGCGCCUUACCUGCCUCUAAGCCGGGGUUACCUGCAGCAAAGGACCCCAAGAAAGAGGGGGCUCCCGCUGCUCCUUCAGGGCCCCCCGGUAAGGAUGCGAAGCUGCCUGGGGCCCCUUCUGCACCCCCAAAACCAGGAGGGGCGGGGGCCCCCUUAAAGGCAGCUAAAGAUGCUGGGGGCCCUAAGAGCGAUGCAAAGACCCUAGGCAAGCCAGGGGAGGCCCCUAAGCCUCCUCUUGGGGCCCCUGCCAAGCCCGCCGCAGCAGCAGGAGCAGCAGGAGCAGCAGCCCCCAAACCAACAACCCCAGCCGGCAAGCCUGCCUUAGUUAAGCCCGCUCUUGCUAAGCCAGUGCUAGCUGCUAAGCCUGGGCUAGCGAAGCCUGGGCUAGCGAAGCCCGUUAUUCCUUCGAAGCCGUUACCUGUUCUCGCUAAAAGUGCUGCAGCAGCAAAACCUGCGCUGGCCCCAAAGACUCUUGUCCCUGCAAAGCCAGCCCUCUCUAAACCUGGGCUACCCCCAUCAAAGGGCGUUCCAAAGAAGGCACCCUAA